CUGUGACGUCGAAUAUGUGCGCCGGUACCGCCACACGUGUUGUUUCCAUGGACGUUUGAGUGCUUUAGGUUGGGAGAGUGUGAUAUUUCUGUGUUAGCGUAAAAGUGUAAAACCGCCGCGACAAACAUGGGGAAGAAGCUCAAAGUUGGAAAGACCCGAAAAGACAAAUUCUACCACCUGGCCAAAGAAACAGGUUAUCGAUCUCGUUCAUCCUUCAAACUCAUCCAGCUCAAUCGUAAAUUUCAAUUUCUACAGAAAGCCAGAGCUCUGGUCGAUCUGUGUGCUGCUCCUGGAGGAUGGUUGCAGGUGGCGUCCAAGUUUAUGCCAGUAUCAAGUCUCAUUAUUGGUGUUGACCUGGUGCCCAUCAAGCCCAUCCCCAACGUGGUAACGCUGCAAGAAGACAUCACCACUGACAAAUGCCGAACGGCUUUGCGAAAGGAACUGCAAACUUGGAAGGUCGACGUUGUGUUAAACGACGGAGCCCCAAAUGUGGGAGCCAACUGGCAACAUGACGCCUUCUCACAAGCUCAUUUGACCCUCAUGGCCCUGAAGUUGGCCUGUGACUUCCUAAACAAAGGUGGCACCUUUGUCACCAAGGUCUUCCGCUCCAAAGACUACCAGCCACUGCUUUGGAUCUUCCAGCAGUUCUUCAAGAAGGUGCAGGCCACCAAGCCGCAGGCAUCCAGGAAUGAGUCUGCUGAGAUCUUCGUCAUCUGUCAGGGCUACCUUGCCCCCGACAAAAUCGACAAUAAGUUCUUUGACCCUAAACAUGCGUUCAAAGAGGUGGAGGUGCAGGCAAAAACUGUGAGGGACCUGAUGCCUGUAAAGAAAGCAAAGGCGGAGGGAUACACAGAUGGUGAUAUGACACUUUACCACAGCUUCACAGUGACGACCUUUCUGAAAGCUGACAACGCUAUUGACUUCCUGGGCAAAGCCAGCGCGAUCACCUUUGACAAUGAUGAUCUGGAGUCUCACCCAGCCACCAGUGAAGAGAUUAAAGAGUGCUGUCGUGACAUCAAAGUAUUGGGCCGCAAAGAGCUCCGCCUGCUGCUGAACUGGAGAUCCAAGCUGAGGAAGUAUCUUGUCAAAAAACUAAAGACGGAGGCCAAACAGCUUGACAAUGACAUCACUUUAAGUUCUGAUGAAGAAGCGGCUGAUGCAGAGGAAGAACCGGACAAGGAGAAAAACGAGAACAAGGAGGAGGAGAACGAGGAAGAAGAGAUGGAGAAGAAACUGGCUGAGCUGAAAGCUGAGGAGGUGGCUGAACUCAAACGGAAGAAGAGGAAGCUGCUGAAGGAGCGGAGGAAGCAGAGAGAGAGGGUGGAGCUGAAGAUGGACCUGCCUGGCGUCUCCAUCGCAGAUACCAACGACUCUUCCAUGUUCUCCCUCAGCACCAUCAAUAAGCAAAAGGCACUGGCUGAUCUAACCAAAGGUGACAUGCAGAUAGCGGACGACCUGGUUGAAGGAGACGAUGACCUCCACCUGUCUGACGAAGAGGAUGAUGAGGCGGAUAAAAUGUCCCUUGCUUCUGAUUUAGACGACGAUGACAUGGAGGAGGUGGAGCAAAGGCAGAAAGAGCUGGAGAAGAAAGCACCAAAGAAGAAAGUAAAGUUCGCUGGAGAAGAGGAGGAGGAGGAGGAUGAAGGGCAGGGAAGUGGCCUGCUGGUGGAACUAGAAGGAAAGGAUGUGAAGAAGGAGCGAGAGACGAACCUGUGGUUCAGCAAGGACAUCUUCUCUGAGAUCGACCUGGAGGGAGACGUAGAGUGCGAGCUCCAACAGUCAGAGUGGCUUCAGAGCAAACAAACGGGCAAAGGUAAAAAGAGGAAAGCUGAAGAGAAGGCGCAGGAGGAGGAGGAGGAGGAGGAGGCUGCUCCGCCGGAAGAAGAAAAGGCGGCACCUGCACAGGAAGCUGUAGAGGAGGGUGACAGCGACUCUGAUGACAGCAGCGAUGAUGAGAAGGAGAUCUCCAGGAUGAAGCAGGCCAAGGGGAUUGGUGGGAUGUCAGGAGCUGCCAAUGAAGAUGAUUUCCAAGUAGUUCCUGUAGAAAGCACAAGUAAGAAAGCCAGGAUCCUGGAUGCAGAAGGCCUCGCCCUGGGCUGUGAGAUCGCCACGUCGAAGAAGAGAGCCAGGGACCUGAUGGACGGCUCCUUCCACAGGUUUGCUAGCUCGGAGGAGCCGUGGGAGGUACCGGAGUGGUUCCUGGACGACGAGCGGAAACACAGGAAGAAGCCGGUGCCGGUCACCAAGGAAAUGGUGGAGGAGUACAAACAAAAAUGGAAGGAGAUCGAUGCCCGGCCCAUCAAACGAGUCGCUGAGGCCAAGGCCAGGAAGAAGAGGAGGAUGCUGAAGAAGAUGGAGCAGGCGAAGAAGAAAGCAGAAGCUGUUGUUAAUACAGUGGACAUCUCUGAGAAAGAAAAGAUGUCUCAGUUGAAGAGUAUCUACAAGAAAGCUGGCAUUGGGAAGGAGAAGAGAGAAGUAACAUACGUUGUGAGCAAAAAGGGAGCCGGCAAGAAGGUGAGACGUCCCGCCGGCGUCAAGGGAGCCUUCAAAGUGGUGGACAGUCGCAUGAAGAAAGACAUGCGGGGAAUGCAGAGGAAAGAACAACGCAGUAAAGGAAAAGGUGGCAAAGGAAAGGGCGGAAAGUCAAAGGGUGGCAAAGGAGGGAUGAAGAGUGGUAAAGGACGGAAAUGAAGACAAAUUUGAACUAGCCCUGCCUUUCUAACCAUGCCUGGUCUUAUGUUCCAGUUAUGGAGCUUUGUGAGCUCAGAUUCCUGCCACAAUUUGGGCUUCUUGUACAGAGAAGCCGAUGAGAGAGAAGCCCCUCUUUUUAGCAACCUUUGCUGAGGUUCCUUCAGCUCCUGGACACUUGAGAUAGAGGGGUAUUUAAAUGCUGGUGUUCUGUGCACGUCUUUCUGAAGAUGUAGAUUAUUUGCCUUGGAGCUCCAUGAAUGGAGUGGCUUCACUCAACUCUAAAUCACAGUAAAACAAGUUAAACAUAAUAACAAAUGGGUUCUAAGGAAUUGUUUGUAUUGAUAUUGUAAAUAUUAUAUACACAUCUUUACAAUAAAUGUCUUGUUUUAACAAGUUGUUUAAUCAUUCUGUUUUUCCAUUGAUUUAAAGAAAUGUGGGUUUGUUUUUCAGAUGCUUAAUUUCCUAAUAAAAGAUUUGGACUUUUUUA